AUGGCGACGCCGAUGCCUGCCGACAAGCAAGUCCCGAACGCCGUGGAAUCAACCGUCCCGCAAACUUCCCUCAAGGGAUUCGCGGACAGUGAUGUCGAUAGUCCCGGUGUCAGGCGGAUCGAGGUGAUCUCAUCGCAAUUCACCUUAGUUCAUCGGGUUUUUCUCUUUCUCAGUGUGUUCCUGGUGGCCUACGUCUACGGUCUGGAUGGUCAGAUUCGGUAUAUUUAUCAGGCUCAAGCAACCGCCAGUUACGACUCGCACAGUCUGUUGGCUGCUAUCAAUGUCUUGCGGGCGGUCAUCGCCGCCGCUGCCCAGCCUACCGCGGCGAAAAUCGCCGAUGUCGUUGGACGAAUCGAGUUGAUCCUCCUGUCGGUGACCUUCUAUACCGUGGGGACGAUUGUCGAGGCGGCCGCCGACAAUGUUGAGUCGUUCUGCGCCGGAGCUGUCCUUUACCAGAUCGGAUAUACUUUGAUUAUUCUGUUGCUGGAGGUCUUGAUCGCCGACGUGACCUCCACUCGCUCUCGUCUGCUCUUCUCAUAUGUUCCCGCUCUCCCGUUCCUGAUCAACACCUGGGUUAGCGGCAACGUUACCUCCUCCGUGCUCGGGGCCACCACCUGGAGAUGGGGUAUUGGCAUGUUCGCCAUCAUCUAUCCCGUCUGCACCAUUCCCUUGAUCAUCACUCUCUUCGUCGGGCACUACAAGGCCAAGAAAUCGCACCCGGACGCAUACAAGACCUCUCGGACGAGAUUAGGAUAUGCCCAGCUCGCGCGGGACUUGUUCUGGCAACUUGACGUCGUGGGCAUCUUGCUUCUGAUCGCCUUUUUGGCGCUGAUCCUGGUCCCGUUCACGAUCGCCGGAGGCAUCACGGCCCAGUGGAAGACGGCCAAGAUCAUCGCUCCGCUUGUGAUCGGUGUGCUGUGUGUUCCUGCCUGGAUUUACUGGGAGCGUACCUGCAAGCAUCCCAUGGUUCCAUUCAGGUUACUGCAAGACCGCGCUGUCUGGGCUGCGUUGGGAAUCGCCGUCAUGCUCAACACAGCCUGGACUUUGCAGGGCGACUAUCUCUAUACCGUCCUGGUCGUCAGUUUCGAUGAGACGACCCUCAGUGCUACGCGCAUCACCUCUCUAUACAGCUUCACUUCCGUGAUCACAGGAUGUCUCCUCGGGUUCGUGAUCCUGAAAGUGCGCCGGCUCAAGCCGUUUAUUGUCGCCGGUACCUGUAUCUUCAUGGCGGCCUUUGGCAUCCUCAUCCAUUUCCGCGGAGGAACCGAAGGAUCGAGUCACUCUGGGAUCAUCGGCGGCCAGAUUCUUCUCGGCAUUGCGGGCGGUUUGUUCCCUUACCCAGCACAGGCCAGCAUCCAGGCUGCUGCAAAGCAUGAACACCUGGCCGUCAUCACGGGCAUCUACCUCGCCUGCUACAACGUCGGCAGCGCCCUCGGCAACACCAUCUCCGGCGCCCUCUGGACGCAGGUGCUGCCCAAUGAACUGGUCAAGCAACUCGGCAAUGCAACCCUGGCGGGCGAGGUCUACGGCGACCCCUUUGGCUUCGCCAGUGCCAAUCCCGUGGGCACGCCGGAUCGCGACGCCGUCGUGCUGGCCUACAAGCACGCCCAGCGCCUGCUGUGCAUCACAGGCAUCUGCCUGACCGUACCCCUGAUUGCGUUCUCGCUCUGCAUCCGGAAUCCACUCCUGACCCGCGAGCAGACCCUGAAGAAGGCGGAGGAGAGCGAGAGCGAUCUGUCGUCGCCGGAGUGA